GUGGGGUAGAAGACAAGAGAAACGGCUUCCUUGUAGAGACUCUAUGCAUCAUAAUGUCAUAUGCACAACUGCCAUUCAUUAAAACCAUACCCACAUUUUUUCCACACACCUUCUAUACAAAAACACACACACAAACAAAACACAUAUACAUAUAGUGUCUAUAAUAUCCAAGAAACACCUCACAAACAACCCAUCUAUCAAUCUUUCUUGUUUGAUUUAUUCUUUCAUUCCUUUUUUUAAUUUAAAUCUCAUCAAUUUUAACUAUCUGGGGUUAUUAAAGAUUGAAUCUUUAUAUCAUUAUCUGUUGUUUUGGGAUUUGAAAAUGGCUAUGAUUAGUCUAUCAAAGUUUCUUGAUAAACUUUAUUUGAUGGCUGAAGGUGGAUCUCGUUAUUGUUCUAAAAAAUCAGAUGAUAUUUGUGGCGAUGAGGAUUCAGGAGGAGCUACAACAAUGUCAAGAGUACGAUGUAUACUUCGUGGGCUAGACUUGAAAACACUCGUGUUUCUAUUCGUAUUAGUCCCAACUGUGAUCCUUGGUUUAUAUGUCCAUGGUCAGAAAAUCUCAUACUUUUUACGCCCUUUAUGGGAAUCUCCACCAAAACCGUUCCACGAAAUCCCACAUUACUAUCACGAAAACGUGUCAAUGCAGAAUCUUUGCAGGCUUCAUGGGUGGGGAACCCGUGAGUUUCCAAGGCGUGUUUUUGAUGCUGUUUUGUUUAGUAAUGAAGUAGACCUUCUUACAAUUAGAUGGCAUGAAUUGUAUCCUUAUGUUACAGAGUUUGUACUACUUGAAUCAAACUCGACUUUCACUGGAUUACCUAAACCAUUGGUGUUUGAUAGUCAACGCGAUCAAUUUAAAUUCGUGGAACCAAGAUUGACAUAUGGGAAAAUUCCUGGGAGGUUUCGUAAAGGGGAGAAUCCGUUUGUUGAGGAGGCUUAUCAAAGACUUGCAUUGGAUUAUCUUUUGAGAAAAGCGGGUAUUCAAGAUGAUGAUUUGUUGAUCAUGUCUGAUAUUGAUGAGAUACCAAGUAGACACACCAUUAAUCUCUUGAGAUGGUGUGAUGAUAUACCUCCAAUUCUUCAUCUCCGCCUUAAGAAUUACUUAUAUUCGUUUGAGUUUUUUCUUGAUAAUAAUAGUUGGAGGGCGUCUGUUCAUAGAUAUCAAUCAGGAAAGACAAGAUAUGCUCAUUACCGCCAAUCAGAUGUUGUGUUGGCAGAUGCAGGGUGGCAUUGUAGCUUUUGCUUUCGCCGCAUCAGUGAGUUUGUUUUCAAGAUGAAAGCUUAUAGCCAUGUCGAUAGAGUGAGGUUCAAUAAGUUCUUGAACCCCAAAAGGGUUCAAAAGGUAAUCUGCAGAGGAGCAGAUCUCUUUGAUAUGUUACCCGAAGAGUACACGUUUAAGGAAAUAAUCGGGAAAAUGGGACCUAUCCCUCAUUCGUAUUCAGCUGUUCAUCUUCCUGCUCACCUUCUAGAGAAUGCUGAUAAGUACAGAUUUCUUUUACCAGGAAACUGCAUAAGAGAAAGUGAGUGAAAAUCAAUAUUUAGAACUUUUCUUUUUGGUGUAAAGGUUGGAUCUUUGAAGUUUGCAUACGAAACCCAUAGCAGGUUUAACCAAAAGAUAGUUGACUCGGACUUAUAUUAUCCGGCGAUACUGCAUCAUCAUUCUUUCAGAAAUGUUCGAUUUCUGUGGUGAACAAUGUACAUAGUGUUCAAAUUGGGGAUACACAUUUUCAAGAUUUUUAUCAUCUUUUAUCCCCUUUUGAGGAAGGUAAUUCGAAGAAAUUCCAAGAGUUCUCUAUAUGGUUUUAGGAAAUUUUGAAUCUUGACACAAAUCUAUUUUAAAUAUUAUUAAUUCAAAUUUGUGUUACAUAUACAUAUAUUUAACUCAUGAGUUGUAACUUGGGGGGUUUGUCCUGUUAUAUCUUUAUAGAGGAUUGUUUAUAUUGAUGUUA